AUGCUCAAGGUAGAGAUUGAGUCUGAUAUCACAACUCCUCUCAAAAAAAGACUUGAAGUUCAUAUGGCCAGAAACGAAGUGUUACAGAAGGAAAACUAUGAGCUUAGAGAAGAAGUUGCGCGAUUAAAAUCGCAGAUAGUUUCGCUCAAAGCGCAUAAUAUCGAGCGAAAGACUAUCCUAUGGAAGAAGAUUCAGAAAUCCAUAGAUGAUGACAAUUCAGAUUCGCAUCAGAAACUCAAACCAGCACUUCAAGCAAUCAUGUGUGAAAAAAAUUUUGAGAAUGAGAACUUUCAAGACUCGUCGGAUUCGCCUAGAAAGGAAAGAACGUCGAUAGUUCUACCACCGGCUCCGCCUCCAAAGCCUAAAAGUUAUGAAAACGGAAACAAAAUGCUGCCUGCAAUCGCGCCUCCACCACCUCCCUCGCCGUCGAAAGCAUUGCUCGGUUUGAAAGUGGUUCGCCGUGUGCCUGAAGUUAUUGAAUUGUAUCGCUCGCUUACACGAAAAGACGCUAACAUGGAAAGCAAAACUCAUCAUAAUGGAAUUCCUGCAGUAGCAUUCACCAGAAAUAUGAUUGAGGAAAUCGAAAAUCGGUCUAGUUAUCUCUCAGCUAUAAAAUCAGAAGUUCAAAGCCAGAAGGAAUUCAUAAGUUUCUUGAUCAAAGAAGUAGAAUCAGCUUCUUAUGCAGAUAUUUCCGAAGUCGAAACAUUCAUCAAAUGGCUAGAUGGAGAGUUAUCUUCAUUGGUGGAUGAAAGAUCAGUGCUUAAGCAUUUUCCGCAAUGGCCUGAACAAAAAGUUGAUGCAUUAAGAGAAGCUUCUUGUAACUAUAGAGAUCUGAAGAAUCUUGAAUCAGAAGUUUCAUCCUAUGAGAACAAUCCUAAAGAGCCAACUUCUAUGGCUUUGAAAAGGAUUCAAACAUUACAAGACAGGUUGGAGAGAAGUGUGAGUAGUAAAGAGAAGAUAAGGGAGAUUACUAGUAAGAAAUAUAGAAAUUUUCACAUCCCUUGGGAGUGGAUGAUGGAUACCGGCCUCAUCGGUCAGAUGAAGCUAAGUUCAUUGAGGCUUGCAAAGGAAUUCAUGAAAAGGGUAACUAAGGAAAUGGAAUCUCAUGAAGAUAAUAAUAGCCUUUUGUUACAAGGAGUUAAGUUUGCAUUCAGAAUACACCAGUUUGCAGGUGGCUUUGAUUAUGAGACUAUACAAGCAUUUCAAGAAUUGAAGAAAGUUGGUUGUGUUGUUGUUGUACCAAGUAAUAGUAAUCACACGAUGAAUUCUCCCAAAUUUGUUAAAAUUGGACAGAAAUAUGUAUCUUAA